AGAGAGAGAGAGAGAGUGAGGUUGAUCUGUGCCAGCCUAGUGUUGUCAGUCACCCUUCUCUUCGAAGCUAACGAGUCGUUCGGUCGUUCAGACCUUCAGACGUCGUUGAGACCCUCGACCCACUUUCGUCAACUGUGACCUACGGUGCCUCUGCACUUCCUGGAAGGGCCCUGUCCUGGCCAGGAGGGCAUUGAAUCCAUGGACCCCUCAUGUUCCUUUGAACAUACAAGAAUGAUGUGUGUGCAGUGCAGCUAUGCGGUAAUAUUAUCAAAAAGUCUAGAUGGCCCGUAAGCGUGAAGAAAGGGCUACCAGAAGUGCCCAGCGAGCUGCACGGAAGGCCAGAUCAGGUCAGAAUGGUACAGAUUCAAAUUAUGUAUCAUUGAAACAACAGUUAUUUGCUAUGGGACUGACCCUUAGAGAGAUACCUGGUGAUGGAAAUUGUCUCUUUAGAGCAUUAGGAGAUCAACUGGAUGGAACUCCAAAUACCCAUCAGAAGCACAGACAAGAUGUUGUAGCUUAUAUGCGGCAACAUCGUAGUGAUUUUGAACCCUUUGUGGAGGAUGACGUCCCUUUUGACCGACACUUGAGUAACUUGGCAGAGCUUGGUACCUACGGCGGCAAUGAUUGUAUUGUGGCAUUUGCGCGACUUCAUCAAGUUAUUGUUGUUAUUCACCAACUUAAUGCUCCUCUUUGGCAGAUAUGUGGUCUAGAAGGGAAAAAGAACUUACGUGAACUUCACAUUUCCUACCACAAUGGUGAUCAUUAUAACAGUGUGCGAAGAUUUGGUGACUGCACUACAAGUCCUGUGAGCAUCAAAUUAGCAGUACAAGAAUCAUCAGAGAGUACCACUAAAGAUGCAUCACAAGCUGAAAGCACAACUACAAAAGAUUCUCCUGGCAGCCUGUCAGAUAAUUAUAACAAAGGGUUUUCAAGCAGCGAUUAUUCUUGGUCAGCAAAAGACUAUGAUUACUCAGAGCCUGUCUAUGAAGGAUUAUCGAAAGCUGAGCAGUUGGUUAUGGAACAGACAGGCUGUGAGGAUUUAAGCUUAAUUCGCCUUCACCUCGAGGCUCAAGAUUAUGAUGUUCAUGAAACUGUUGAUGCAAUUAUAAACUUCAUAGUAUUGCAACAUAAAGGUGAUUAUCCACAAACCACAUCCACUAGUGGUGAUGGUCUGUGGAGUCCAAAUGGCACAGGUACUCGUUUGUUUGGAGAAAGUGCAGCAGCUCCAUCUCCUACUUCAGUACAUCCUAGCUACCAGAGGAAGACAUCUCAAGAGAAACUGCAACGUUUACGUACUCAACAGCACUUGUCAAAUAGCAAACGAAAAGAACUAAAGAAGCAGUUAAGGAAACAACAAGCCAAUGAACGCAAGCGACAGCAAGCAGGAAUAGAAUCAGAUGAACAAAGUUCAAGUCCAAGUGAUGAUACUGAAGUCAUUAUUGUUAAAGAUAUUGGAUGCUUGAGUAUCUAGUGUAGACAUUUAAAAGAUUCUGUGCAUGUGAAAGUUGAAUUAUGGUAGUUGAAACUUUUAAAUCGGUGAUAUAUUAUUGGCUAUUUUUCAUUUAUUCUCUUCAGUUUUUCUUAAACCGAGGUAUUUCAGUUUUGCUGUAUAUUUUUAUAACUGAUUUUUACUUUCAUUCUCUAUAAAUGAUAAUAUAGUUGAAAGGUUAUCACAUUUUAAUAUUACUUAGUUUUAAAUUAUUGUAUGGUGGUAGUGCAGUGUUCUUAGUUAUAUAUCUGAUAUUACACCAAAUUGGUUCAGUUUUACAGAAACACAUGGCAAUGGAAUUUGAUUGUUUGGAAAUCCAAAUUAUACUUCCUAUACACUACAUAUCUGUAAGAUUGGACUACCUUUAAAAUACUCUAAACUGUAUUACCAUGUCUUUGCAGUAUUUUUAUCAGUUAUGUAUGAUGUAGCUUAUUUUGCAAGUGCAAGUGCUUAAGUAUUUCUGAGAGUAGUUCAUACUGGGGAUAUGAAAGCACGACAGCAAUUCCUUAAAGAUUUUGGAGACAUUUUUCCAAGGUAGAUUGAAUUCCCUCUUCAAUAUUUAGGAGAUCAAGUGGCUUUACUUUAUUAUUUUAUUUAUAGUUCUCUCAGACUAAAGUUUCCUUUCUGUGUGAAUGUUAAUGAUUACAUUGAGUGUUAGUUCUCAAAUUAGUGACAUUAAAUUUUAAUUUCAUAAAAAUAGUUAUGACACAUCAGUUUUACCAAAGCUUGCUCUGCAUCUUACAACAGUCCUUUUGAAAUUGCAAAUGAUUAUAAGAUUUUACGCGUAUAACUUAAGUCGUGAAUGGUACAUUAUUCGUUUUUUCAUACAGGCGUACAGAAGUGUAAAAGCAAGUAGUAUUGUGUAUCACCUCAAGUUUAUAAACAUCAUUUAUUCACAGAACUGGUGAUUGUAUAAUAUGGUAUUUAUUUAUUGGAUAAGUUAUUACUGUAGUUCAUUAAAGCAAAUUAUGAAUUUGUAAUUGACACAAGCUCAAAACCUUUUGUGUCAGGAUUGAGAACAUCCUGUAUUUAUUACAUAUCACUCAUUAUGUUCUUUUAACAUAAAUUUCACUCUUGUGUUACAUAAGAUGCAGUAAGCUUUAUGAGAAAAUUUUUUGCAUGUAUGAUAUCUGUAAGCUAUUUUGUCAGAUGUGAAGAAUGUUAUACGUACUGUAGAUAUUUGAUACAAUUUCCAAAUGUGAUCUGGUAAAUUCUCUAACAAUAUUUCAUCAAAUAAAACUUUCAGCUCAUAGCUUUUAGGUGUUUAAUUGAAAUUUGGUUUUGACACUUCUCAUCCAGCUUUCUGGGAAAUAUAUUUUAAUCUGUACUGCAUAUCUGUUAGCAUUUUCAUUACAGUUAAUAGGAAUAACUAUAGCACAACUGUUAGAACCACCACCUGGAAGCUUUAGUACUUAAAGACUUCCAGGAUCAUGGGUUGAUACUGUGUUAUGAACUCUGUCUUAAACCUCAUUCUUUUUAUUGCCUGCAACAUGACCAUCUUCUGCUCAUUUUUCUUUUUUCUCAAUUACACGAUUUUGGAAUGGCAGCCUUAUCUCAUCAUGCACUAGAAGCUGGUAUGAUGAUUAAUUUAUGAAGGUAUAUAAUUUUUAUGAGAAAACCCAUUACUUGUGAUUAGCCUUCAUUAGUAAAAUGGACCCAGGUAUGCCAACUUGAAGAGUCGGGAGAUAAGUUCCACUGUGUACCGUAUCUUAUACCUCUGUAACUUUGAUUGUAUUUGGGGUUCUGUGCUCCUGAAGUAUACACCAAGUCUUUCCAGUUA